AUGGAGGACAAACUUCUCUUAGGCAGCUACCGACGAUUUGAGGGAAUCCUUGAAAAUGAUGAAUUUAAUGAAAACGUUGAGGAAUUAAUAAAAUUAACUUCCAUAGAAGAGCAACAUCUCAAAAAUGUUGAAAAACGCUUUUUGAUCGAAAAUCUGGUCAAAGAAUCGGCCGUCAAGACCGAGACUGAUCCUGAGCCACUUGACACCUCAACGGAACAGCUAGAGCCAUCUGAUGCUUCAGAAGGGAGCCCAGCAACAGUUGCCGCGCCAUUUUCUCUUACGCAACCGGCAACAACAACGACUCUUUACCAGCCUUCCUCCACCACUGAUUUUUAUCAGCGGAUUCAAUCGCAGGCGAUUUCAAACUUCCUCUUUUUGAUCCAUCAGCAGCAGCAAACUUCUGCUCUCCUUGGACCUCAUCGACCUGCUGGUAUUCAAAUUCCCUCCGCCGCAUAUAACAACAUGACAAAAAUCAAAGAAGUCGGCCAAAGAAGCCAAAAUACACCAUAUCACCGUGAAUCCGUGCGCGGCCAUGAAAUACCGUCAACAUCAACUUCUUUGGAGGCAGCCGGGGAUCUACUGUCAGAUGAUCGAAAACGGAGCCGAACAGCGUUUUCUGGUCGGCAAUUGCUCGAAUUAGAGAAUGAAUUUCUCACGGAUUCAUAUUUGACUCGACUGCGGCGUGUAAGAAUAGCGCAAUCUCUUGGAUUGUCCGAGAAACAGGUAAAAAUAUGGUUCCAAAAUAGACGAGUCAAGCAAAAGAAAGAAGAAAAAGUCUACGUCUCCCAACCGAAGCUAGAAUAA